UUCUCAUCUUCUAUCCCGCCCACACAAGUUGGGGGUGCUUCAGCCCACCCUAAUCCAUCACUGCACAUAACCUUAUCCAUCGACACAGUUUGAGGUUUAGGCCAAAUCUACUCAAACUCUGAAACUACGCCAUUUUUCUCCAUUCACGAAGCUUAAUCAAACAAUUACAAGAAGCAGAAGCAAUCCCAUUCAUGGUAAGAUUCCUUUUCCCUCACCUCAACAUAGUCCAAACGCAAUUCUUCUUCUACAAUUACAAACUCUGCAAGUUUCUAGAGAGAGAAACGAAUGCCGGCAUGUUUCAGCUCCUUCAAUCCACCUUCAACCUCUAUCUCAAAGUUUAUCUCAAACCACCCACACCUCUCAAUGCUGGAAACCAGCUGCCGCACAAUCACAGACCUCAAACAAAUCCACGCACACCUCCUCAAAACCGGCCUCGCCGCCGACACCAUAGCCGCUAGCAGACUCCUAACCUUCUGCGCCACCUCCGCCGCCGCCGACCUCAAUUACGCGCUCUCACUCUUCCGCCGCAUCCAGAAACCCAAUCUCUUCACUUGGAAUACCAUAAUCCGAGGCUUCUCCCGGAGCUCAAACCCUCAUCUCGCAAUAUCACUCUUCAUCGAGAUGCUCAACACUUCAGAGAUUCCGCCUUCAAAUCUCACUUACCCCUCAAUUUUCAAGGCUUAUACUCAGCUAGGUUUAGCAGAGGACGGAGCUCAGCUUCAUGGAAGAAUCAUCAAACAAGGUCUGGAAUCCGAUCCCUUCAUUCGGAACUCGAUCAUUCACAUGUACGCAAAUUGUGGGCUUCUCAUGAAUGCCUGCAAACUGUUUGAUGAAAGUCGCGAGAGAGAUAUAGUCGCUUGGAACUCGAUGAUCAUGGGGCUUGCGAAAUGCGGGGAAAUUGAGGAAUCUUGGAGGUUGUUUUGCGAGAUCCCAUUUAGAAAUGAGAUCUCUUGGAACACUAUGAUUAGUGGGUUUGUCAGAAACGGGAGGUGGAUUGAAGCAUUCCAUCUCUUCCACGAGAUGCAGAGCAAACAAGUGAAGCCCACAGAGUUCACUCUUGUUAGCUUGCUGAAUGCUUCUGCGAAAUUGGGAGCUCUCGAGCAGGGGAAAUGGAUUCACGACUUCAUCAAAAGGAACAAUGUCGAGAUGAAUGUGAUCAUCGUGACCGCGAUCGUGGACAUGUACUGCAAGUGCGGGGACGUUGAGGCGGCCCGCCUCGUCUUCAACAACGCCUCGCGAAGAGGGCUGUCGAGCUGGAACUCGAUGAUGCUCGGGCUGGCGACGAGUGGCUGCUACGAGGAAGCGUUUGGGAUGUUCGAGGAGCUCGAGUCCUCGAAUCUGAGGCCCGAUGCGGUCAGCUUCGUCGCUGUGCUGACCGCCUCGAGCCACUCGUUGAGGGUGGACGAGGCGAGGGGGUACUGGCGGUUGAUGACGGAGGGGUACGGGAUCGAGGCGAGGAUCGAACACUACGGUUGUAUGGUCGAUGCGCUGGGCAGGGCGGGGAGGAUCGAGGAGGCGGCGGAGCUCGUGUCGAGCAUGCCUGUGAAGCCCGAUGCUGCCGUGUGGGGGUCUCUGCUCGCGGCGUGCAGCAAGCACGGUGGGAGCGUUGAGGUCGCGGAGUGGGCUGCGGGGAACUUGAGGCUGCUCGAUGGCAACGACACGAGCGCUCGCGUGCUCAUGUCGAAUGUCUACGCGGCCGGGGACGAUUUCGGGAAGGUGGUUGAGGAGAGGAGGGAGAUGGGGAAGAGGAAGAUGGAGAAGCAACCUGGAUGUAGCUUGAUUGAAGUGAAUGGGGAAGUCCAUGAGUUUGUAGCUGGUGGGAAUUGGCACCUAAUUGGGAUUUAGGGUUGUAUUGUG